AUGGAAAUAGAGAACCACACACUUAUAACAGAAUUUCUCAUCCUGGGUCUCUCUGAUGAUCCUGAAUUGCUACCUAUUCUCUUUGGACUGUUCUUGUCCAUGUACCUGGUCACGCUGCUUGGGAAUUUGCUUAUUAUCUUGGCUGUCUGUUCUGACUCCCACCUCCAUAAACCCAUGUAUUUUCUCCUCUCCAAUCUGUCCUUUAUUGAUAUCUGUUUCAUUUCAACGACAAUACCAAAGAUGCUAGUGAACAUGCAGUCACAGACAAAAGACAUCUCCUAUAUAGAAUGCCUUACACAGGUAUUUUUUUUUAAUACUUUUGCUGGAAUGGAUAAUUUUUUACUCACUUUAAUGGCCUAUGAUCGCUUUGUAGCCAUCUGUCACCCCCUCAACUACACUGUUAUCAUGAACCCUCGACUGUGUACUCUUCUGAUUCUGAUAUUUUGGAUCAUAAUGUUCUGGGUGUCCCUGAUUCAUGUUCUGUUGAUGAAUGAACUGAACUUCUCCAAAGGCACUGAAAUUCCACAUUUCUUUUGUGAACUGGCUCAAGUUCUCAAGGUAUCCAACUCUGACAAUCAUGUCAAUAACGUCUUCAUGUACAUUGUGACUUCUUUACUGGGUGUGAUUCCUAUGACAGGAAUCCUUACGUCUUACUCACAGAUUGUCUCGACCUUAUUAAGGAUGUCCUCUACUGUGAGUAAGUACAAAGCUUUUUCCACUUGCGGUUCUCACCUCUGUGUGGUCUCUUUAUUUUAUGGGUCAGGACUUGGAGUUUAUUUCAGCUCUUCUGUGGUUCAUUCUACUCAGAGAAGAAUGGUUGCUUCAUUGAUGUACACUGUGAUCAGCCCCAUGCUGAACCCUUUCAUCUACACACUAAGAAACAAAGAUGUGAAGGGUGCCCUUGGAAAAUUUUUCAACAGAGUUGCUUCUUCACCAUCAUGUAUCAAUGACAUCAGAAAUAAAUUAUUACUGAGAAGUGUAAGGCAAAUUUUAUGA